AUGGUGUUGGCGUUUGUGGUCGGAGUUUUGUGCGUGUGGGGCCGCUUAAGCGUCGCAAACCCUGAAGCGAAGCGGCUGUACGACGACCUCCUUUCAAACUACAACAGAUUGAUUCGGCCCGUCGGUAACAACUCGGAUCGGCUCACCGUCAAGAUGGGACUGCGGCUUAGUCAACUCAUCGACGUUAAUCUUAAGAAUCAAAUCAUGACAACGAAUGUUUGGGUAGAACAGGAAUGGAAUGAUUACAAGCUGAAAUGGAACCCCGACGAUUACGGUGGCGUCGAAACACUGCACGUGCCUUCUGAACACAUAUGGCUCCCGGAUAUCGUGCUGUAUAACAAUGCGGAUGGCAACUACGAAGUGACUAUUAUGACUAAAGCUAUCCUUCAUCACGACGGAAAAGUUAUAUGGAAGCCGCCUGCCAUCUAUAAGUCCUUUUGUGAGAUCGACGUCGAGUACUUCCCUUUUGAUGUGCAAACCUGUUUCAUGAAGUUCGGUUCAUGGAGUUACGACGGUUACACGGUUGAUUUGAGGCACUUGAAGCAGACUCCGGACUCUGAUCACAUAGGAAUGGGCAUAGAUCUGUCAGAGUACUACAUCUCGGUCGAAUGGGACAUCAUGCGGGUACCGGCGACUCGGAACGAAAAGUUUUACUCGUGCUGCGAAGAACCCUAUCCUGAUAUUAUUUUUAACCUCACCCUCAGGAGGAAGACUCUCUUCUACACGGUCAAUCUCAUCAUUCCUUGCGUUGGAAUCUCUUUUCUAUCAGUACUCGUAUUCUAUCUUCCUUCGGAUUCAGGCGAAAAGAUUUCACUUUGUAUUUCAAUUUUACUAUCAUUGACCGUAUUCUUCUUAUUGUUAGCUGAAAUUAUACCUCCAACGUCACUGACUGUUCCUUUAUUAGGAAAAUAUUUAUUAUUUACAAUGAUGCUAGUCACGUUAUCAGUUGUAGUCACUAUUGUGGUGCUAAACGUAAAUUUUAGGUCUCCAGUUACACAUCAUAUGGCCCCUUGGGUACGAAAAGUCUUUAUAGAUUUUUUACCCCGAAUAUUAUGUAUACAAAGACCUGAAAAACCGCCUGAUGAUGAUGAAAAUGAUAAGCCGACUGAGGUACUUACAGAUGUUUUUGGCGGCGAUGACAUGGAUGGAAAAUUUAAGGAAUGGGGUUGUGAGGAGUAUGAACUACCUGGAAUGCCUCCGUCACCACCGCCUCCUCCAGGUGGUGACGAUGAACUAUUUUCUCCACCACCAGGAUCCCCUUGCCGCUUAGAUCUAGAUGACGAUAGUCCAUCUCUAGAAAAACCUUAUGUUAGAGAGAUGGAAAAAACUAUAGAGGGAUCUAGAUUUAUUGCACAGCAUGUUAAAAAUAAGGAUAAAUUUGAGAGUGUUGAGGACGACUGGAAAUACGUAGCCAUGGUACUGGAUAGAAUUUUCUUAUUCGCAUUCACGAUAGCUUGUGUUCUCGGUACAGCUCUCAUAAUAUUUAGAGCACCGACGUUCUACGAUAACACAAAGCCCAUUGACAUAUUAUACUCGAAAAUUGCCAAGAAGAAGUUGGAGUUGCUCAAAAUGGGCUCGGAAGGUGAUCCGGGUCUCUGA